GUCAGUAUUUGGACUGCAUACUGUACCGUUAUGCCAGUCUCUGCAGUCUGCGUGUGGCCAAAUGUUGUUUAUUAUUAUUAUCUCCAAAACGAGCGAGCGACACUUCGACUGAGAUGCUAAUUGUCUCUGGUUUCACCUGGGAUUGGGAAAUAAGGCCAAUUGUGCAAGCGAAGCCACGAUAAUGCAUCCGGUGCCUUCAUGCUCCCUGGAUGACGAGGACAUAUUUGACUUUAUACAGACAGGAAAUAUUGAACAAUGUGCGCUCUUCAUUGAAAGUGACAAAGCGAUCCUCAGGGAGAAAGGCUGGGGCGGUUUUACUCCGCUCCACUACGCUGCCCUGCAUGGCAACUCUGCCCUGGUCGACCUUUUCCUCAGCAACGGCGCUGACCCCAACAUGACGUGCGACGCGGGACAGACAGCGUUCCACUUUGCAUGCAGGCAGGGGAACGUUUACAUCAUUCAUAAAAUGAUGCAGCACGGAGCUGAUCUGCGCCUCGUAGACCUGCAAGGAAAAUCGGCUUUGCAUCACGCGGUGACUGGAGGCAGCAUCAUUGCGGUGCACUAUUUGUGGGAGACGGAAAUGCUGCGUUUUACGGACACGGACAUGCACCGGGUGACGCCCCUCCACCUUGCAGCAUCUACAAGCAACACAGAUAUGGUCCAGUACCUUCUCAAACACCAGCGCUGUGCUGCGGAUGACGUGGACCAGCAGGGAUGGACGGCUCUCCACGUCGCAGCAGAGCGAGGCGGCGUGGAGGUGUGCUGGUUGCUACUGCAGAAAGCUGGGUGCAGGGUGCUUCAUGAGAAAAACUUCAACGGACUGACGCCACUGGACCUCAGCAGGCAGGGGAAAACAUUUAGGCACAAACAGCUCAGCAAACUACUGAGUCAGUACAUGAACGUGCCAAUCUACCACAAGCCCAAAGAGUCUGAUGCUUUGUACUACUGGACGCUGUUUUUCCCCGGCCUGAGCGGAACCGUCAUCCUGCUGAUAGCGGCCAUGAUGGGAGGUUACGGCGGUCUCCUUUGCAGCGUACUCUUCCCCUGGCUGGCCAGAAGCAUCUUCACACAAUACCACCGCAUGGCCACCUAUCAAAGGUUACCCAACCCCAUUUACUUGGGAACACUCACGGCCGGACUGCUUCAUUCCCUGCUUUGCUUUUAUUGGAAAAUAACAGCUAGUUCUCAGCCGACCGGUGUCCUGGUCCAGGUGUCUAUGGUCCACUUCUGCCUCGUCCUGGCUUUGUUCUGCAAGGUUCUGAGUCAGGACCCCGGGUCUUUGGAUAAAACAGAAGCAGAUCCCCGGUUCUCUUGUGUUGCUGACCUGGUGGAGAAUAACCAGAGCCCUCGCAGGUUCUGUCCCUACUGUGAGCUGUUCCAGCCCGACCACACCAAGCACUGCAAGCUGUGCAACGCCUGCAUUAAAGACUACGACCACCACUGCCUUUUCCUCAACCGCUGCGUCGGCCGGGGUAAUCACCGCCUCUUCCUCUUCUUCAUCCUCUCCAUGGUGAGCGCCCACCUCCUAUUCAUCGCCACGGCGGCGAGUUACCUUCACCACGAGAUGCCCGGAAGCAGUCGCGGCCUCUCGUGGUGGCUCACCUAUCUCGGGGAGGAGUUCUGGGUGACGUCCAUGGUGGUCAUGAACGCCAUCACGCUCCUGUGGGAGGCGUGGCUACUCACCGAGCAGUUUGAUGCCAUCGCCAUGGGAACAACUACUUACUUUAUACACUUGGAAAAUGUGAGGCGGCGGAGGCCGCUCGGGCAGCGCUGGAUUAGUGUGUUGGCGUUUCUGCUGGAAGGACGGCGACGGGUGGUCGGUCCGUGCACACAACACGACAAAGCUGCAAUCGACGUUUGAAACUGUUUUUGUUCACGCGUGCUCGUUUACAAACAGUCUGCACUGAGAUAGUCCUGAAUGUCACUUCAUUAGGUACGCCUUGUUUGAUGGCAAUUAGCCACUUCCUUUUAAAGGCCUACAGAAACCCACUACUACCGACCUCGCAGUCUGAUAGUUUAUAUAUCAAUGAUGAAAUAUUAACAUUGCAACACAUGCCAAUACGGCCUUUUUAGUUUACUAAAUUGCAAUUUUAAAUUUCCCGCAAAGUGUCGUGUUGAAAACAUCACGGUAUGAUGACGCGUGCGUUUGACGUCUCGGGUUGUAGCGGACAUUAUUUUCCAGCCCGAUCCAAGCUAUAAGUAGUCUGCAUAAUUACACAGUAAUCUGGACAUCUGUGUUGCUGAAUCUUUUGCAAUUUGUUCAAUUAAUAACGGAGAAGUCAAAGUAGAAAGAUGGAGGUGGGAAGCUUUUAGCCUUUAGCCGCACAAACACACUUGUUUAAAAUUACCGAAGGUAAAGCUUUACUAUGGAUCAGAGCGGUCGAGCGGACAUGGAUCCCGACUACAUGUCAACCGGCAGUUUUCGGUGAGAAAAUUGUGGUAAUAAGUUGGCUCUUACCGGAGACAUCGGCGGAGCUUCCGUCCUGCUGCAGCUGCGUGACUUCCCUCAGAGACUCUGGCGGUCAACACACCCGUGGCCACACCCCUCCGACUUUCAGGUGCUAUUUAAUCUCACUAAAACACUAGCAACACAAUAGGCAGAUAAGGGAUUUUCCAGAAUUAUCCGAGUAAAUGUGUCUAAUAACAUCUAAAUCGCUCCCACUGCAUUCGCCUUUUUUUUUUCUUUCUAGAUUAGAUUAGAUUAGAUUAGAUAGUAGUUUAUUUAUUCCGUCAGGAGAGUUCCUUCAGGAAAAUUAAAAUUUUCAGCACAAUCCCAUUCAAGUUUAGACAAACAUUACAGGGAGACAGAACAGGAUCGCUGACGGGUCUGCCGGCUUCCAGCGCCCCUUACAAAAAAGAUGACAUACAGGUAAACAAGGGGGGGGGAAUAGAAGAUUAAAAUAAAAUUUAAAAAAUCGGUCUUAGCCUAGGCCCUGGAGUGGGGGUGCAGACUGAGGCCAAGGGGGUUGAACCGUUUCGGUACGGGGGUUUUGGUCUGGUUCGGAGGUUUAUCGAACGAGUUUUAAGUACUGUACCGCACGUUGUGUAAACAAUGCACACCGAGACACAACACACGGCAUGCUAGCAGCGACCGGUAGACGAUAGACUGACCAUACCUUCUCUUUUCAGCUGAUAUGUUCUCCUUUGCAGGACUGUCCGGGUGGAGUUUCUUAAAUGCCUCAAAUAUCCAGCAUUUUAAGUUAGGGUUGCGUGUAUUUUCAAUGUAUGUUCUGGGUUAAGAAGGGGUUAAAAACAAAACAAAUUGUGCACGCAGCAGCAUUCGUGAGGGAGGGGCAGAGACAGAGAGAGCGAGAGAGUUGUGAUAAACGCGCAUGCGUCACCAGGCUCUGCUUUUUACCCAGAGAUUUAUCAGAUUUUUGUUUUUAUUAUCUAUAGCAGGGGUGCCCACAGCUAAUGUUUUAAAGGCCCACAGCACAUACUAUUAAAAUAAACAAAAACAUAACAAAAGGGAAAUAAAAAAGCUUAAAGGUUAAAUGUAAUUUAGAAAAAGUUGCAAUGUUGACUAAUAAAACAAAGCUGUGUUUUCUUCUUUCAAACUGUCAUUGCUCAAAACAUAAUAAUGAAUCAAAAAUCCAUGUUAUUAUGAAUUAUUGACCUAUCCAAGUUUCCCAUUACUUCACAUCAAACAUUCCACUAAGAAAAAUAUUUUUUGUGGAAUAUUUUGCAAAUUUGGUAAAUAAAUAACCCAAAAAUUAAUAUUUUGUUGUUUUCUUACUGUACCGAAAAUUAACCGAACUGUAACCUCCAAACCGAGGUACGUACCGAACCAAAAUUUUUGUGUAAUGUUACACCCCUAACAUAUAUAUAUAUAUAUAUAUAUAUAUAUAUAUAUAUAUAUAUAUAUAUAAAUGAUAAAUGGGUUGUACUUGUAUAGCGCUUUUCUACCUUCAAGGUACUCAAAGCGCUUUGACACUACUUCCACAUUUACCCAUUCACACACACAUUCACACACUGAUGGAGGGAGCUGCCAUGCAAGGCGCCAACCAGCACCCAUCAGGAGCAAGGGUGAAGUGUCUUGCUCAGGACACAACGGACGUGACGAGGUUGGUACUAGGUGGGAAUUGAACCAGGGACGCUCGGGUUGC